AUGUCUCAUGAAAUAGUCACAUUUGGCAGCACGGAUCGAGAAGAGCAAGGAUUCAUUCUUCUUAACGGCGAAAUGCUUUAUCCAUAUGGAGAGAUCACGCUCCAAUGGACUGGCAAGUCUUUUCGUAGAAUGUUCGUUACCACAUUUUUGGUGAUCUCUGGAGACAAGCCGUGGCAGAUCAUCCUAGGUGCCCCAACAAUACAUGAAUAUGGGAUCAUGAAAGUUACAGGACUUGGAGGGAUGGUGCCCUUGCCGCGAAAGAAAUCGGCUGAAGAGCACGCAAAGGAUAAGGAGCGGAAGAAACAACAUGCGGAUGAGGUUGCUGCCAACAACGCGAAGGUUGCAACUCAUAAGAAAGACAAACAACAGGACGCUCGACAUGCCAGUGCUAAGAAAGCAAAAGACUCUAGAUCUUCGAAAUGA